AUGAAACUUGAUGUAGAGUCUGAGGAAGAAGAGGACGAGUCACAAAACUUUCAAGCCACCGGAAAAAUCGGAGCCAAGAAGCAGCGCAAACUGGAGGAGAAGCAGGCGAAGAAAGCUCAGAGAGAGGCCGAGAUGGAGGAGCGCGAGGAGAGGAAGAGGAUGCAGGAGCUGAAGGAUCAGGACAAGAGGCAAGAGGAGGAGAGGGAGCGGCAGAUGGAGCUCAAACAGGAGGAAGCAGAGCGCCGAGCCAAGGAGGAGCAGGAGAGGCGAGACGAAGAGGAGUACCAGAAACUCAAGGCCCAGUUCGUCAUCGAGGACCAGGGAGAAGCGGAGCAGCUCACAGAGGACCAGUCUCGCAACCUCCUACAAGAAUUCAUCCAGUACAUCGAGGACACUAAAGUGGUGCUUCUGGAGGAUCUGGCCUCUCACUUCGGGAUGAGGACCCAGGACGCCAUCAAGAGAGUCCAGGAGCUGCUCGCCGACGGAGCGCUCACCGGAGUGAUCGACGACAGGGGGAAGUUCAUCUCCAUCACCCUCGAGGAGCUGGAGUCUGUGGCUCAGUUCAUCCGACAGAGAGGCCGCGUGUCCAUCUCCGAGCUCGCUCAGGCCAGCAACAGACUGAUCCGCCUCACUCCAGAGGCCCCUGAGGUCCUCUGA